AUGGCUUCCGAUGCUGCUGGACCCCUGGACCUAUCCCGCGAAGUCGAAAAGCCAGGACCCCCAAUCGUCCUGCAAAAAUGGAAAGCGAGCCCACCGCAAAACGCUCCAUUAUUCGACUUUCGUCUGAUUUUUAGCGGCGCCAUCAGUUCCGGCUAUGGGUUUCUCGCUUGUCCGCCCUCACAGAGUCCCGAUCAAGAGGUUGAGGUGCAGGUAGAGUGGGACCUUACGCACGCUCCGCCCAUGACCAGGGCCAUCUGGAUCUUUGGCGAGGGUCCCAAUCCUGUUUGUCGAACUAUGACAUAUGCCGAGAUUCAAGCGACGUAUUUCAUGGUCGGUCGGGUCUCCUCACACGGGGACGAGCGCUUUGGCAUGUACUGGAUGGGAGAUCCAACCUUCGAUGCACACCUUAUGGCGGAAUUUUUCAAUGAUCAGGAGGAUCCCUACCGCAUCUUCAUUCGGUACAACCCGUAUUAA